UCUUACCCUGCACUAUUCUAUUCUACUCGAUCCUUGUCGCGACGAUAGACUUUCGCGGGAUAUCAUGAAGGAACGUGGCGUUAUCCGCCGUGAAGGGUUGAUCGAUCCACCGGUUGCGCGCGCGCUUGUCGCAUGCGCGGAAUUGAUCUGCCGACACGCUGCAGCGAGUUUCGCACGAGUGAGAGAGAACUGUCGUCGAGGUUGAUAACUCGUCAGGCCUGGGAUAUAUAUCCGUAAAUAAACGCAAGAUUCUUUUCUUUUUUUCUCCCUCGGGUCACUUCGACGUGUCCCUCGUGCGCGGCGGGAGAGACUCGCGGGCGUGGUUGCGCGAACGAGCGUGUGAGCGUCGUCGUCCAUCAGGACGUACCGCGUCGACGGCACCACCACCGACGACGACGGCGGAUGUACGGUAAACGUCGUCAACCCGAGUUGGCCGAUUACGCCAUCAGACUGCCGUCAAGCGGGGAGGAGGUCUGUCUCGCGUGCCAUCACACAUCAAUGGUUCAGCUGGGAUGCCGACCAUGGAAUCUCAGUCUGACGAGCGUGAUCAUCUUGGCGCUGUCGAAUAUGCUGCUAACGUUCCUGCUAUUACAAUCGGAGACUUGUAUGCCGGAGACCAUUCCACAGAAAGUAGUGGAAGUGAACGCCGUCACAGAGUGGAAUCUCGGUACCCUCGUCAAACAGCAGGAACAACAGCCGGAAUGCAUCACGCAGGAUUAUCAACCGACAUCACCUGAUACUAACAGUCUGCGACUGGAUAUUAAGCUCGGUAGAUGGGACGCUCGGCGGAUGUUCCGAACGUUCGACUCGGUGCUAGUCGGUAGCAAAUUCACAGAGUUGUCGCAGACUUAUCGGGUAUGUCUGGCUACCCAGAGUUCCGUGGAAAAACUGCAUUCACUGGUGCAGGUCGCCUUGCAUUGGACCGGACCGAUGUCCGUGGCGCUUUACGCUGCCGGUGACGAAGAAUUCGAAGUACUGCAGCGUUACCUGGUGUACCUGAGGAGAUGCUACGAGUCCAUCAGAGAGAGAGUGAUCUUCUCUCUUGCUGUACCGAGGAUGCGACCGCCUAAGAAGCAGCCGCGCGUCUUCGAGCUGCCGGAUAUUAUCGAUUGUGCCAAACCGGAAGCCACUCUGAAUGAGUUCGCGAAACAUAUAUCUAGCGAGCAGACCAAUUGGCGGAUACGUAACGUUUAUCCGCAGAACCACAUGCGCAACUUAGCGCGCAAGAACUGCCAGACGGACUACGUAUUUCUGACGGACGUUGACAUCGUGCCGAGCUACAAUCUGACAGCCGCGCUCGACGAGUUCCUCAGGAGCGACAACUGUGAUAAGUGCGCCUACGUAAUACCCACGUAUGAGUUGGAUACGCGGAUGAGAUUUCCCCAGAACAAGACCGAACUCAUCAGGCUGGCGAGGAAGGGCUUAGCCAGGCCCUUUCAUCAAAAGGUCUUUAUACAUAAUCAAUUCGCCACAAACUUUACAAGGUGGCUGCAGGACGUGUCGCCGACACAUAAAUAUCAUGAAAACGUAAGGACCGGUAAGGUCUACGUUAGUCAUGAUGUGACGAAUUUCGAAUUCCUUUACGAGCCUUUUUACGUGGCGAAAGAUAUCGCACCGUCUCACGAUGAGAGGUUUAUGGGAUACGGAUAUACGAGAAAUACUCAGGUUUACGAGAUGUACGUGACGGGUUAUCAGUUCAAAGUGCUAUCGCCUGUAUUUACGGGCCACUGGGGACUGCAGACCAGAAAGAGCAGGCCCGCCUGGCGCGAGCGUCAGAACAGUGCUAACAGGAAGCAGUUUGAGACGUUCAAGAAGGAAGUAUUCGCUCGUUACAUGCGAGAUCCGUUGAAAAUGAUGAAGAACGCUAACUGACAAAAGCUUCAUCAAGGAUCUCGUUGAAUCGAGACUUUGCCGCCGUUUCAUUUACGUUCGUCCUUAGGCUCAACACACAUCGAAGAUUCCAAAGUAGAAUUAGGCCUCUGACAAUAGUCAGUGCUCACACCAUUUAAGUAGUCAAUAGAUUCCAAGUGUUUCACGUGAGUCAACGAAUAAUUCGUCAAAUAAUAUUCAUACUUUAUCUUCUGUUAUUAUUUUAAAGUGACGCAACAUUUUACAUGCAAAUCCUAUAAUUCUCUCUGUCAACUUUAUUUAAUUCCAAUAAUAUUAUUUAUUAUAUAAACCGUUUAAUAUUUUUUUUUUACUAAUUGGUGUUCAUUAAUCGCAGUAAAAAUUGUCUUUGAUUAUCUAUAUACACGUUUAGGUAGAAUUUAUUGGAAAUCUUUCACGGAGGAUAGUUGAUUUUAUCCUUUGGACGAGAAUAAUGAUGAAAUCGUAUUAAGCGACGGAGUGCUUCAAUAUGCUUGGGAGAACAGAUGCCAGAUCGAGUAACCGCGAUUCGCGCUACUUAUCGAACCUUCCGGUUCAUCGAUUCCGCUAGGCGAAACCAACCGCGGAAACUCUUGUUACUUCUACUCACGAUUUCCCAAAGUCAUCAGAGACCGCGCCAUACGGGAUCGCGGAAUAAAUAUCUUCUCGUGAGUUUCGCGGCACGUACUCGUGCACGAGGAGCGGGAAAACGCAGGCAGGGGAUCUUAAGUGAGCGUACCUCGUUAGCUGUCUGGGGCUUAAGAGAGGGUGGCGUUUAAAUCCAAAAUCGAUACUUUGCUCGACGCCGACAUAGCGCUCCGAACGUAAAAUAAACAAAUAGCAUAAACCAUCGCCAUGCCGUAUCUGGUUGCAUAGAAGGAUGCGAAUUAUUUUAUAUAGAUAUAUAAAAUAUGUCCUAAAUCAUAGAUUCUUUUAUCUAGACAGAUUUCUUGACCAAUAUCGAUUAAAUCGAUUUUUUUU